AUGGAUCAUAAGCUCCUUCCUCGCGUACUCAUUUUCCCAUUACCUAUUCAAAGCCCAGUGAACAGCAUGAUGAAGCUGGCUGAACUUUUGUGCUUGGCCGGGCUGCAGGUAACAUUCCUCAUCACAAAAUACAACCACAAACGUCUUCUACACUGCACCGAUAUUCAAACCCGUCUUGCCGAAUAUCAUGGACAGCUCCAUUUGGAAACUAUUGAGGAUGGCCUGCCAGAAGACGAUCCUCGGAAUGUCGAAAAGUUUGCGGAGAUUAUAGAUUCCUUGCAAACUGUUGGGCAGCCUUUCUUAAGGGAAUUACUGCAAGAAAACAUGAGCCGUAACACACCGAUCACCUGCGUAAUAGCCGAGGGGUUUUACUACUAUGCACUUGACAUCACAGGGGAACUCGGCAUUCCGCUCAUCUUUUUCGAAACGAUAAGCCCUUGCUGCCUUUGGGUGUACUUUUGCCUUACUAAACUCAUGGAAGAUGGCCAACUCCCUUUCAAAGGGGAUGACCUGGACACGCUGGUGACAAGCAUUCCGGGAAUGGAAGGUGUCCUCCGGUUUCGAGAUCUCCCAGACUUUUGCCGGCGAGAUUACAGCCUAGACGGGAAUGCGAGGCUAGUGUUCAAAUCAAUCCAGGCCUAUCCCCGGGCAGUGGGCCUCAUCCUCAAUUCAUUUGCCGAGCUGGAAAGCCCAGUUUCCUCUCAUCUCCGUUCAAAAGUUCCCCACUUGUACAUGAUUAGGCUAGUCCAACUUCAUCUAAAGAAAGCAAUACUCCAAGGCCAACAAUCUCAAGAAUACCCAAACCUAUCCAACAGUUUCUGGGUAGAAGAUAGAAAUUGUCUGAAAUGGCUCGACUCACAACCAUCGAAGUCGGUGAUUUACAUAAGCUUUGGAAGCCUCUUCAACUUAUCAAAUGAAGAGUUGUUAGAAUUUUGGCAUGGCGUAAUGAAGAGUGGGUAUAGAUUUCUUUGGCUGAUCAGGCCAGGCUCAAUCAAGGAACAAAAUGAUGGGUUCUUAAAGGGCCUAAACGACAAAACCAAUGAUUUAGGCCUGAUUGUGAGCUGGUGUCCACAAGAGGAAGUCCUAGCCCAUCCAGCAAUUGGUGGAUUUCUAACCCACAGUGGAUGGAACUCAACCCUGGAAAGCAUAAUUGGAAUGGAGGAGUCCCCAUGA